AUGGGCGCCAGCUGCUGUAAGAAUCCGACCUCCUCGGUGGCGAGGGCAGUGGAAGAGGGGGCCGAGCCCAUCCCUCAGGGAGGCGAGAGCAGUGGGGUUGCUCUCACAUGGAGCACCUUCUCUGGUCCUCCUGCGCGCCCCUUCACUCUGCCCGGCAGCUCGGAGGGCGAGGCGGCCACUGCAGCUUCUAUGCUGUUAGCCCUGAGCUGCACAGACAAAGUCGCUGCUGAGGGGCGCCUCGAGCAUGGCGAUGGAUCUGAUGAACUUGCGAGUGACACAUGGUCGUCGUUGCACGUCCGAGUCUGGUGCCGACGAGGCGGCGUAUCAGGCGAGAUUCUCUCGCGUGCUCUCACCGCUGCUAUGUGGCGGUGGCGACAGCCGCCCCCUGAGAGGUCGGACGAGUGGCUGGUGCUUCGUCGAGUGCUUUGCGCCCAUCCACUCUUUGCCGUCUGCCGCAACGAUGCGUUGAUGCUACAGGAAGUAGUGGAGGUCUUUGAGAGGCAGGAGACACAGCCUGGAGAGGUUGUCGUGUCGCCAGGGGACAGUUGCGCUUUCCAUGUCGUGGUGAAGGGCAAAGCUGUCGCGGAUGUCGGCGAUUGCGCUGCACAGAUUGCACAAGAGAAGAACAGGCGACAGGAAUGGGCUGUCGGGGACUACUUUGGGAGUGAGGGCCUGCUCUACGUCUUGAGCCCAGGAGAUGAGGGCGCCGCGGUGUGCGCCGCGGGCCAUCCUGAUGCAUCUUUGCCCACUGUCAUGUGGCGGCUGAAUCGCAUGCUCUAUCAGAUGCUGAUGCGCACCUUCCACGAUGACGCACACCGCCAGCUCAUGACGUACCUUUCCCAGUCGCCGCUCUUUCAGCAUCUGUCUCGUGCACAGAUACGUCACCUCUGCGAGAGGGCAGAGAUGGUGACAUGGGACACAUCGGCGCGCUUGCUGCAGAGGGGUGAGGUGCCGGCCGAUCUCUUUCUUUUGAUUUCCGGCUCCGUGGCCCUCAUGCAUGUCCAGCGGGGCGGUGGUGGCCACGCGGGCGUGACACGCGUGCAGUCCACCGCUCUCGGCGCAGGCGACUGCGUCGGCGAUGCCGAGCUUCUCCUCCUGCACCGAGCAACAGACGAGGAGGACGACACCACUGACUCAAAGAGGCUGACAGCGAUGCCUUCCUGCUGCACGUACGCAGUGCAGCAGCCGGUGCAGGCGAUCCGCAUCCCUAUUGAAGAUCUGCUCGCCGUGCUUUCAGGGCACGAUCUGCAGCACAUGCGGGAGCGCAGUCGCAGCGUGCGAGAGUUGGAACUGUGGCGGCGGCAGGCGCAGAUGCCGGGUGGCCUGCGCUCUCUCGUGGAGGAGUGUCUCGUGCUGGACAUCUCCGACACCAACAGCGACAGCGACGAGGAUUCGCUGGUGUUGCCGGGAGGACCCAGCGUUGCUGCGUCUCCGCUGUCGAGGCGGCUCUCCGACGACGUCUCGCAGGAUGUAUUUGUGAAAGGCGCCGAUGCGACGGCCUUCUUCCUCGAGAUGUUCUCCCGUCAGACGUAUUGGCGCGCGGACGGGCGAGAGCGCGGCCUUUCCAUGGCCGCCUUCGCCCCGCGCCAGCGAUACGUAGUUGGGACGGUUCUGUUCCACGUGGAGUACGCUGCAGGUGGCAACGUUAUGAUGCGUGAGGGUGGAGGACUGCCUCCAAGUGAUGACGGGAACGCUGCAGCGAACACAGCAGGCUCUUCUGCCGCGGCGGGGCCUCCCAACUCUCCAGGGUGUCUCUACGCCAUCUUCUCCGGUGAGAUAACCGUCGUGAACAGCGACACAGGCGAGGCCAUCUACAGCGUCUCUCGCGGCAGCACGCUCGGCGAAGAGGCGCUUCUCCCUCCGCUGCGUUUCUGCUCCGCGACGACCCCCCUGCGCACUCACGCCGUCGUCUCCAGCCCCGAUGGGUGCGAGGUGUUUGAGCUCGGUCGGCGCGCGUUCAAGGAGUUCUUGCAGCGACCGUACUGUGUGGCCCUCCGCGACUUCUGCAGUGUUUUCUGCGUCUUCCCAUUCGCCGGGUGCUUUCCUGAACACUACUGGCAUUCUCUGCUCAACUGCACGACGGAGCGCGAGGCUGUCGGCGGCGACCUCAUCGGCGUUCGUGGGGCUGACUGCAAGUGCGUGUCGCUCAUCCUCGAUGGCCGAAUCGGCGCCUAUGUCAGAGGCCGUGCAGCGGACAGUGGAGGGAAAGAACAAGACAGCGAUGAGGAAACGUCGGUGGCGUCGUUUACGGUGGGCGACAUCGUCGGCGGGUGGGAGGUGAUGGGGGGACGCCCCUCCAAUGUAGCGUACGUGUGUGUGUGCCGCGCUCGCAUGCUGUGCGUUCCUGCCAAGUCCUUUGCCGGCCUCUUCCGUCCAGCGAUGCCGUAUCUGCGGUUGAUGUGGUCCGAGCAGCGAUAUAAAAGGGUCAUGGUGGUGUCAGCGGCGGAAGGCUGA